AUGACUAGACAAAAAAGGGCAAUCGCCGUUAUCGGGGCGACUGGCAAUCAGGGAGGCUCUGUUGCUCGUUCACUAUUGGAUAAUGAAGCCUUCGAAGUGCGAUGUAUUACCAGAGAUGCGUCAUCGCCCCAAGCCAAGGCUCUCAUGUCUCUCGGUGCCAGUGUAGUUCAGGCAGACGCUACACAACGUUCGGAGCUGGAGAAGGCGAUUUCGGGAUGUUAUGGGUUGUUCGUAAACUACAGUGUCUAUGGUGCUGAUAUUGAGGAAGCAGAACGCCUGGGGAAAGACAUAUUCCUUGCAGCGGCGGCAGCGGGAAUCAAGCAGGUUGUCUUCAGCUCUGAACCUCAUCCAGAGAAGCUCACGAGUGGCAAAGUUCCACUCGAUUACUUAGAUGGUAGGAAAUUAAUCCACCUGUUUAUGCCCAGCCUUGCUAACCCCGUCUUCUGCUCUUUUCUCCCAGUGAAAGCACGAGUGUAUGAAUGGGUCUAUCAGACUCAGAACUUUGACUCUUUCACUCCCAUCAUGCCCGGUUGGUUUAUGGAAAACAUGCAGGAUUCUCUUAUGCAAACUCUGCUCGACGGAUUUCCGUCCAAAAAAGACAACGAUGGAUACUUGACAUGCCGCUCGCCCUUGUGGGGUGGGAACGAAGAUGUUCCCUGGAUCAGUAUAGGCGACGACUUUGGAGAUUUGGUUCACGGUAUAUUCCUCGAUCCUAUUCGAUGGAAUUACCGGCCUGUUCAGGCGGUUGCUGAUCCAAUGUCGUUUGGCGAAAUGACUCGCAUCUUUUCUCUUGUCACGGGACAGAAGACACGAUAUAUUCCAUGUGACCUUUCAGAGGUGGUGUUUGGGGUAAAAUAUGAUAACCUAAAGAAUCAAGACCCAAGCGCCUUGUUUAGAUAUGCUCAGCUACGAGAUGGUGAGUAUUACGGUAAUGGCCCUACUGAGAACCGCACCGCCAGCCAACUCAAGAAAGCUGCUUUCAAGGCCAAGGGUGGGAAAGGUCGCGAAGCUCUUCUCACACUGCGGGAGUACAUUGAACGAGAGUUCACCUGA